UAAGAACAUUUUAACCGCUAUGCUUGCGUCUUAAAUGCUAAAUUAAAGCCAUUUAGGGGCCGUACAGCGUCACUUUUGACCCCCAGCGUCUCCUCCCUGUGGUGCCGAUAUGAGGAGAGCUGUACUCAAAGAAGCCGCCAAACGGUUCUCCUGGCUGGCCAAUGUCACUCUGUACGGGUGCUUGUUCGCCGGCGGUGACCUGGUCCACCAGCUCAUAGCUCAGGAGGAGCGCAUGGACUGGAAACACACUCGCGACGUGGCCAUUGUGGCAAUUAGUUUCCAUGGAAACUUCAAUUACUUCUGGCUACGAGUCCUGGAGAGGAGAUUCCCCGGGAAGUCCGCCGGAAUGGUUUUCCGCAAACUCAUGCUGGACCAAAGCUUCGCGUCGCCUUUGGCCACCAGUGUCUUCUACACAGGGGUGAGCAUCUUGGAGGGUAAGGAGGACAUCUUUGAAGACUGGAGAGAGAAGUUCUUCAACACCUGGAAGACUGGACUCAUGUACUGGCCGUUCAUGCAGUUUCUGAACUUUGUCCUGAUGCCGUUGUACAUGCGGACGGCCUUCAUGGGCUGCUGCGCCUUCCUCUGGGCCACCUUCCUCUGCUUCUCCCGGCACAGCGGUGACGGCACAGCCGGCGUGGCUCUGGCCUUCGUCAUGGACCCCCGAGAGACCCUGGAGGAGAUGCGCAAGGCCCGGCUGGCCCGAAAAAAGCCAAAAAUCCAGGAGGAAAACUAAAAAGGACGAAUAGGAGGAAGCUUCUUCCACUUUCUCUUAACCAGCAAUCACAAACUGAAAGCACCACGGAGAGCAGCAAACAUUCAUCUCUCACACACGCACACAACCGUGGACUGUUAUGGACUUUGAAGGCUGCCGUAAUAAUACUAAUAAUAUCAUUUAAAAGUUGGAGUUGCACUUGUGUUCACAUUUUCUUCCUGUGAUAAAUAUUAUUAU